AAAAUAAAAUAAAAUUCGAACGGACUGGUUAAAACCGAACCGCCCACCAAAGUUUACUCUUUCUCUCUCUCCCUCUCCGAUUUAAACAUUUCAACCUCACUGCAACUCAAUCCACGCCGUCAAUCUUCAAUCACAGAUUCACACCCCAAAUCCCGAAGAUUUCGUGAUUAGAGUUAAAAUUCGAAGCUCAUGGCGCGGAUAAAGCCCCAGGCGCUGUUAAUUCAGAGCAAGAAGAAGAAGGGGCCGACUCGGAUCAGUACCACUACCAUAGUUAUGUGCAAUUUAAUCAUCGCUCUGGUCGCCUUGUCGUUGAUCGCUACUUAUCGCUAUUGGUCCAGAAGGUCGCUGGACCAAUCUGGGUCGGAGUUAUCUAAUCAAGAGAAAAUUGAUGUGUUUGGAAAGAAGGACGAUCUUCCGGGUUAUGCUAUUCUAAAUACAUCAAAGGGUCCUAUCACAGUGGAACUUUUCAAGGAGGCUUCUCCAGAGGUUGUGGAUAGAUUUAUUGACUUAUGUCAAAAGGGACGCUUCAAGGGGAUGCCCUUCAGUCAUGUGAUCAAGCACUAUAUAAUCAAAGGGGGUGGUUCCCAAGAACUCGGAGCAGCUGAAGAUUGGAUAUCAAAGGGGAAACUUCGUGGUCAACUUGUUACGAGUCCAAAGCACGAAGCUUUUAUGCUUGGAACUACGAAGGCUAGACCAGACAACAAAGGAUUUGAGCUUGUUAUCACAACUGCACCAAUACCAGAUUUAAAUGAUAAGCUAAUUGUCUUUGGACGGGUCAUCAAAGGAGAGGAAGUGGUACAGGAAAUUGAAGAGGUCGAUACAGAUGAACAUUAUCGGCCUAAAUCAUCUGUAGGGAUCACCAGCGUGAUUCUGAAACAGGAGAUCUAAGGGCGACCCCAUCUAAUGUGAAGUAUUCCUGCAUAGCAUGGUUGCUGGUUUGAGCGUCUUCUUGCAGUACAUCAUUUAGGCUUCUGAUGACCCCCAUCCAGUUUUCCCGCCUUCACCUCUCCCGAUUUGGUUUGUAAUUUGCGGUGGGGGAUGGGGGAGUUUUGAUAAAAUUUUCUAGGUAUAGGUUCCAUAUGUGGGGUGGACAAAAUACGACCAUGCAGCUAAUCUGAUAUGUAAGUUUGUUGUGGUAAUCGUUGUGCUAUCAUUAUUUGAUAUGAUUCAUUUCGUUCUUAUCAUGGUAUUUCGACACCCGAAAUUGUUUGACAUAACGGAGGUUAGGGUUUCGAUUUCCGCAGUUUUGUAAUGGAGAUGUUGCACCUUGUUUCUAUACGUAUUUUUAUUUUUGUAGGUUUAAUUUU